AUGGCACAACCAAUCGGCGGCGAAGACUACAAAGCUCGAGUGGACUCUGUCGAGAUGGCUGCGACAGCGACAGUCAAGGGCAGAGAUAAGGCCAACGAACUCCUCAGCAGCGCAGAGGGCCGCAUUGUCGUCACGCCGGAAGACAACAAGAGGGUUCUCCGUAAGAUCGACUUGAGAAUCCUCCCAAUCCUCCUGGCCGUCUACUGCCUCCAGAGUUUGGAUAAGACUACCCUCUCUUACGCUUCGGUUUUCGGCUUGAUCCAGGACACCAAUCUGGUUGGGACACAAUACUCAUGGCUCGGGUCCAUCAUCUACAUUGCGCAGCUCGUGAUGCAGCCAGCCAUAAGUGUGUUUCUAGUGAAACUGCCUAUCGGGAAGUUUACUGGUAUUACGGUUUUCCUCUGGGGCGCGACACUCUGCGGGAUGACGGCAGCCCAUAACUUUCCUACUCUACUGGCCACUCGAUUCCUCCUCGGCGCAUUCGAAGCCGCAGUUGCUCCAACUUUCAUCGCCGUUGUCCAGAUGUGGUACCGACGUAGCGAGCAGACGAACCGAAACGCGUCUUGGUAUGCUAUGUUGGGUAUUGUCAACAUUCUGGGAAGUUUGUUGACCUAUGGUCUUGGCCAUAUCAAUGGCUCUCUGCAUUCGUAUCAGAUCAUCUUCCUUUUCUGCGGUCUUCUCACUGUGGUUGUGUCCGUCUUUGUGUUCAUCUUCAUGCCCGACUCGCCAUGGGAGGCGAAAUUCCUCACACACGAAGAAAAGCUUAUCUCCAUCGAGCGUCUCCGCAUGAACCAGAUGGGCGUCAGCUCGAAGGUCUGGAAGUGGGACCACGUGUGGGACGCAGCGCUGGAUCUGAAGACCUGGCUGUGGUUCUGCUUGAUCACGUCUAUUGCUAUUCCGAGUGGCGGCAUAUCCACCUUCGGCCCACUAAUCAUCAAGUCCUUCGGCUUCGACUCUUUCACUACGAUUCUCUUCAACAUCCCUUUCGGCGCGAUACAAAUCGUGAGCACACUCGGCGGUGCCUUCCUCGCUACAAAGCUCAAGAAGAAGUCCCCGGUCCUCGUCCUUCUUUGCAUUCCUCCAAUCAUUGGCAUCAUCAUGUUGAUGAUAAUCCCAUACACAAAGGGCAACCGCGCCGCACUACUCGUCGGCUACUACCUCAUCUCCGUCUACCCCGGUAUCUCGCCCCUCAUUUACUCCUGGUCCGCACAAAACACCGCCGGUGAUACCAAGAGGAAGGUCACAACUGGUAUGAUCUUCGUCGGGCAGAGCGUUGGAAACAUCAUCGGCCCUCUUCUGUUCAAGCCGGCCGAGGCUCCGCGUUACACAAGAGGCCUGACGGCAAAUCUUGUGCUCUUCGUGUUGAUCAUGAUCCUCGUGGUCAUUGGGGCCUUCUACAUCAAGUUCUUGAAUGUCAAGCAUGCGAACAUGCGCGAGGCGAUGGGCAAGUCGCGGGACAUUGUAGAUUUAUCUAUGGAGACAAGCAAGGAUGCGAAGGACGCGGGCGAGGCACUCAACGAAGACCAGGGCGGCGUUGGUGAGAAGGCCUUCGACGAUAUGACGGAUCUGAAGAACGAGGAUUUUAUCUACCUGUAUUAA